GUGACAACUAAAGCCUAACACUUUAUACCAACCUCUCUGUUCAUCUCUCUCUCUUGGGGCACUUGGAGAUCGAAAGGUGUGGCCUUUUUCUUUAUUCUCUUCCGUUUUGCAUCGGGAUCUUGCUGGUUUUGAAGGGUUUCUGUAUUUCUUUUAAACAAAAUUCGACAAGUAGAGGCCUUUCUCGGAAUCAGAGAGAGAGAGAGAGAGAGAGAGAGAGAUUUGUUGUUUAGUCAGCGUCACUAUCGACCUCAGCCCCACCGAUUUCAUGGAUCCCAAGAACCCAAAUCAACACCAGGUACCAAAUUUCUUGAACCCACCACCGCCGCCACAGCGGCAAAAUCAGAGCAUGGGAGAUAUAAGCAAUGGCGAUAACAACGAGGACGACAAUGGUGUGAAUAAACAAGCUGAGAUUAAGGAUCUCCAGAUUAUGGUGGCGGACAGGGAGGUGAGCAAGAGACAACAGCAGCAGCAGCGUCUGGUGUUGGGUCCGAAGAGGGGCUCCAACAAAGAUAGACACACCAAAGUCGAAGGCAGAGGUCGGAGAAUCAGGAUGCCGGCGCUAUGUGCGGCGAGGAUCUUUCAGUUGACCAGAGAAUUGGGUCACAAAUCCGAUGGCGAGACCAUCCAGUGGCUGCUUCAGCAGGCUGAGCCGUCGAUUAUCGCCGCCACCGGCACCGGAACUGUUCCCGCCUCUGCUAUGGCCAACGCCGCUGCAGCCGGCGGCUCCGGUGGGUCUCUCUCGAUGGGUCUGGUGAUGAGCCAUGACCUUGGCGGUGGUGGGAUUGGUGGGUCGGGUAGUAACAGCAGACCCACUUGGCCCAUAGUGGGCAUUGGCGGUGCCGGAGAAGGCGAAGCCGGCGGAGGUGGGGGAGCUUCUAGCGCUCAUCACCAUAAUUUACCGUCUGGGUUGUGGCCAAACGUUGGUUUGCAGCCACCGUCUAGCGGCGGCGGCGGCGGAGCUGGUGUAUCCACCGCCGGGCUAAUGAGUGAGAACGGCGGCAGCGGCGGCGGAGGAUACAGAAUUGGGUUUUCUGGGUUUGAUUUUCCCGGUGUUUCGAACAUCGGUCCGAUGAGUUUUGCAUCGAUCUUAGGUUCUGGGUCUAACAACCAGAUGCCAGGGCUGGAGCUUGGGCUGUCUCAAGAUGGGAAUGUCGGGGUCUUGAAUCCACAGGCUUUUACACAGAUUUAUCAUCAGAUGGGUCAUGCUAGGGUUCUUCACCACCACCACCACCAUCACCAGCAACACCCACAUGAAAAUCAGCAAGAAACUUCUGAGAACGAUGAUGAUUCUCAAGGUUCAGGGCGGCGUUGAUGGGUUUUUUUUCUUCUUGGAAAAGAAAACGGAGCCGUAGAAAGGCUUCUGCAGUAGAAGCUUUGGUUUUGUUUGUGAUUGAAUUUGUUGUUGUACAACCAUGGAGAGGACAAAUGGUUAUACAGAGAGAGUGAUUACAUUAUAUGAUUGGAUAUGAUUAUGAAGUAUCAAAACCUCCACCAGACACAGGUGAGCUGAUGAUCUGGUUUGAUUCUUCAUCUGUGAAGACAUAUGCUUAGUGAAGACACUGAGAGAGUGAUGAUCCCAUUAGAUUGGAUUUCAGUUCCCAGUUAUGGAAGAAGGGGUUACGUCUUCUCGGACAGAAGCUAAGCCCUUUUAAGGGUCUGCCUAGUGAACUCAUUAACAGCAUUUAGUAAUUCUGAAACAGAGCAUUCAGCUCCAAUGGCGGUAAGUGAUCUAAAGAUCUAUCGUUUGUGGGGCGCAAUGCAACACAAACUGAUGCUCUUCAACACUUUUCCGAAUCGAGAAAUUCGAGCUGUAGGGUUCGUUUGAUUCUUGCCUCGGAUUCAUAAAGUUUCAAUCUUUUCAUUUUUCUGGUACUCUCUGUUCUUCUGCUGUAGUCUACGGCAUUUCAAAAAGGUUCUCUCUUGCAUAGCCCCGUAGCAAACCAAGGUUAUGAAUGUUGGCUAAUGCAAUGAGUUCCAAAGUCAACUCUAUGUUCUAAAGUCAA